GAAAAGCGCAGAAGAUAUAUCCAGAAGAGAUGCCAGUGAAGCGCAGAAUUCCCAAAGCAGAGGAUCCCGCCGUCUUCACCACCGACGUGUUCAUCCCCUUGGAUGAAACCAUUCGCAAGCUGGAUGUUUUGUUGCAAGAUGAGAGGGUGGUCUUUCUACGUGCUGGUGUGGCAAGCGGCAAGUCUACAUUGGCGCAGCAUUUGUGUACCACACAGCCGUCCAAGUAUUUUGGAGUCCAUGCCCCACUUGCAAAGGAUGCAACCAUUUUUGAGAUGUGGGACAGAAAGAUGAGGGCAGCUGUUUGGGGACAAAACUCGAAUGUGAAAGACAAAGACUUGCAAGAUAUGAUAAGAUUGAUCUAUGACAAUGACCAAGUCCUGGUUUUCGAUGAAUGCCACUUGCUCUUUGCUUGCCCCGAGUUCCACGAGCAGUUCCUGAAAAAGCCCUCGUGUCUGAAAAGGCGUCCAAUGGUUCUGCUCUUAUCUGCAGCGUCUGAAGGAACAGAUCAGCAAGGACGGACCUACUUAACACCAGCGGCAGUUACUGCAAAGUACAUGUGGACUCCCCCAAUCCCACAUGCCAAUGAACUUGUUGAUCAACUUGCUGAGGCUGAUGUCUAUUUGUCCCAGGAUGCGGUUGCUUUCUUCAUGGACUUUUGUGCUGGACACAGAAGUCUAUUCAUAAGAAGCAUGGAAUGGGUGCAGCAGAAGCAAAGCGGGGACAGCACUCGCUGGGAUUUGACUCGCGCACAAGGCGAAGUCAGUCAGGCAUGGGACACAGACAAUUGGACAGAAACCCCAGAUGACAGCUUGAUGGGGAAGCUUCAGACUGUUCGCGCCAUUCGUGUCAACGGAGCUUUUUCAGACCCGCAGAGCAUACCGCAACAAUUUGUGGACAUCUUGUGCGAGGGUCCAACUGCUGAUAUGGACGCGAAUCUCCGGCGCAAGCUCACUUUAGUUGGUUUCACGCUUCCUGUUGUGCCAGCGACUGACAGAAUUCCAGAGGAGUUUACGCCAUUGGAUUGGGCAAAGCUCGGGACAAAAUAUGGCGUCGCCAAUUACAUGAUGGCUUCCUACUAUCGCCAAGCGCUUGCGAAGAAGCGGCAGCUGACAGUGGAUGUGGACAGAAGCCCAACUUCUUGCACAGAUUUGCUCUUGCGAGCGCUGCCAUACUUGCUUUUUGCAGAUGUGGUGGCCAUCCAAGGGGACAAGUUCGGAAUUCGUUCUGAUGUUUCGCAAGAAGAGCUCCCAUUUGAGGUUCACUACACCCAUGCCGCAGUUCGGGAGUUGAAGCGCUUGGUUGGUAGUACAAAUAGUUUGGAGAGCACAAAAAAGGGGAAGGUUGACAUCUAUACUACGUUGGAGGACGGUUCAACUUUCGCCAUUGAAGCGGUCAUGUCUUCUCGGGGAGCAACCAGCAUUGCUAAGCAUCGAGAUCGCUUUGAAAGCGCGUCGAUGACAAACUAUGCACAUGCACAGCACAAGUGCUUGCUGAUCAUUGGCAAAUGUGGAGACAUGAGAGAGAUUGUGGGAAAAGUGCGGGACGGUAUAGAAGUGGUCGGACUUGCGCCCAAUCCAUCGCACACCGGCUACUAUGUCUACGUCAAGCGGCAAGGUGAGAAAGUUGUUGACUUCCACAUCCCGUGCGAUGGAGUUGCAAGAGGGUUCUCCUGGAAGGAUGAAGAACCAUUCUUUGAGAUCAGUUCUGCCCAGAAAUUCAAGUACAUUGAGCCAGGCAGUGCCGCCCCGCAACGACCCCCAGCAGUGUGGGUCUGUCAGCUGGGAAGCCCUGGCAGUGGCGGCUUCCAGCCCGCUGGCAAUGCUUUUCCAAUCGACCCAGUGCCGCAAAACAUAGCAUACUUGAAGGAAGCCAUCAAGCAGAAGAACCCAAAUACUGUAUCCUGCGAUGCCUAUCAAAUGGACAUUUACCGCCGGAAGGACGGCCGCUGGGUCAAGGAAACAAGGAUGUCAUCAAGUCUGCGCAACACAGAUGAGGCAGACUGCUACGGAUUCAUGUUGCCAGCUGGAGCUGCUGGAGCCACAUAG